UAUGUUUUGUGACAGUAAACUAGAUUUCUUCAAUGAUUAAUUUGCUCCGACAGGAUAUUUAUCUAGUUCAUCAGUUUCUAACGAUCCUUUUGAUUUGAAGAUCAGUCCUCGGAGGRAAGCUGACAGAACGUAAAAAGCAUGUUCUUUGAGUGAAAACACCAAGUGCACAGCUUUUAAAUAAAGACAAGUGUGAAGUGUGUGUGCACACACAGGGAACAGGAGCCAUGCUUGCUGGUGUCUUAGCAACAGCCAACAGGAAGGGAAACGGCACCAGAGGAGAGCAGCACCGUUACUGGACCACAGAAAUCGAGUCAGAACUCCUAAACGGAAAAGAUCCAUCCUUCAYAAUGUUUGUGGGAACUCUUUUGGAAAGCAAUCCAACUUCUCCAGUUCAAGUUAGCAGCCCAAGUCAAGAUAGUCACUCAGAUGGUACUUCAUCRACUCCACCUCAGUUCCCUCCAUGUUGGUUAACUCAAGCACAGAGUGACCUUGCCCAUGCAGAAGAAGAGCUGCGGAAAAUACAAGAGUGUCAUGCAACCGAGACCGAAAUUGUCAAACGAGGAGUAGAGCGGGCAAUUCUGGGAGCACGCAGAGAGGAGCAGCGACUCCUGGAGAGGGUGGAGCAGGACCAUCGGGACACACAGCAGCAUCUAGAACAGGUUCACAGGGAAAACAUGGCGGCAGCGCGGGUCAGUCAAGCUUUACUUGAUCAAAAACUGCACAAGCUGGCUGAGCUUCAGCAGCAAGUUCAUGAAGUGAGUCAGUCUGUUCUGAAUGAAAGUGGAUCAAACCACAACUCCAUACUGAAGGAGAUUGCAGAAUUCCUGCAACCCUGGGAAAUCUCAGUUGCUCUUAAGAAAGUGAAUUUCAAACCAAGCUCCCAACCCAAUGCUGUCACCUUUGGAGACAUGCGUGUCCAAGAACAGACCUUGUGCCUGAAUGUUGGAGGCUGUGGGCCACAUGGAAAGCUGUGUGCUCUCCAUUUACAAGAAAUGCAGUGUGAAGAUAGAAACCGUCAGAGCCCUGGAAGAGAAGAGAGGACCCAUGGACAGGGUUGGACCUCACCAACGGGCAGGAUUGUCACAAAGAUCAACCUCUCAAAUCGGAGUAAUCUAGAAGCAGAAGAAGAACAGAAGCUCUCUGCUGCAAAGAUCUCUCAAUGGCUUCCUAAAUGUGAACAGUCUGACUGGGAGUUGUCUCAAGAGGAUGAACUGGAAUCAAGUUUCUUUCAGCCCCAAGUGGAGGAUGUAUUUCUGGCGGUCCCUUCAGUUCUUAAAAACUUAGACUCUAAAGGCAAAGGUCACGUAAACAAGAUGAACACUAAUGAAAAAUGUUAUUCUCCCAUAAAUCAGAAGAAAAUGCUUUCUGUGGCCUCUAAGAGAAAACCAUCCCCUUCAGCCGAACAAAGACAGAAAAAUUUCUUGAGUUUUGAUGGCCAGGUUGGUGAUAAACUUAAAGCGAGUCCAGAAUUCAACAGGAGAUAUUUGAGAUAUGGAAGUAGUGUCCUAACAUCCCCCAGAAUGACUCCAAGAGAUCCUUUGGUCAGUCAAAGCUGCCUUGACCUGACCUCCAAAAGCCGGUCUUACUCUCGUCUGAGCCAGUCUUCAGAUGAACACUCUUUGGGGACUCUAGGGGACUCUGGUCGUGCACCAUCCCCAGCAGACAGCCUUGACUCCAGCUAUACCUUUAUUGUGAGCCCGUCUCAUGACAACAGUUUGAACAGAGCAUCUUUGAACUACAAUUGCCGUCUCUCAAAGUCGGCAAUGGACUUGACACCUAAGACAAGGCCCUUGAUCAGUGAUGGUACAAACAAACAAGACUUGUGUAGGGUCAAGUGUGGCAACAUAAGUGCCUUGUUGAGCUCAACUUCAGCUCCACCCACUCAGAGAGGAAAAAGGGCUUUUGACAGAGGCCAGACCUUAACUUACCCUGCCUACAUAGGUCAGAAUAAUUUUUCACAACCUCAGAAAAAAGACACAAUUACUGGAUCAAAACAACCCCUUGUGGCCAGGUCACUUUCAUUGUCAGUUAUAGAUGGUUUCUCUCAAGAGCCAAAGAGAGGUAAGGGAGAAGGAGCCAAGCUGGCCUUAGUGGAAUUAGAGGAGGAGGUUGAUCCACCUUUUACAGCGUUCAACUCAAGAGGUGUCCAUUUACUGGGGCAGUUUGGAAAGCAGGGUUCAGGUCGGGCUGACCUUACUCUGCCAAGUGGUAUCCAUGCCACACCGCAGGGUCAACUCUUUAUUGUGGACUGUGGAAAUGCCCGUAUUCAGGUGACAGAUUCUCGUGGAAAUGUUCUUCAGCAAGUGACCUCCCCAAAUGCUGAUGGGUCAUCCAGACGAUGCAGAAAUUACUUUGACAUUGCAGUCAACGCCAAGGGUCUGAUUGCACUAAGCUGUGCUGCAGAGAGAGCACUGCUUGUGUUCAGCCGUCACGGUCGCCUGCUUCAGACCUUCGGUGGGUCUAGGUCGAGCUCUGCAAAAGAUGAACUGGAAGCUCCCAGAGGUGUCACUGUAACCAGGCUGGAUGAGUUUUUGGUCGCCGAUAUCAGAAAAGGCACCCUCGUUGCCCUGAAGCUGGACCCUAAAACAGGCUCCCGACUUGAACGUACAGUUGUAACUGGGUUCCACAGGCCCUACUUAGUGGCAGCUUGCUUAAGCUCAGGCAUUGUAGCUGUGUCUGAGAGGGGCAAUGAAACAGGAUGUGUGCCUUGCAUUAAAGUUCUGGAGACAGGCUGGAACACAGUGAGAGUUCUAGGUGUGUGUGCUGGAAUGGGGCCGGUCCUGACCAGUCCUUGGGGUAUCUGCAUAGAUGCACAUGGAAAUGUCUUGGUAGCAGACUGGGGGGAGCAGCACAGAAUUGUGUUAUACCCCAAAGAAGGAGUUGGGUGGCCCAUAGUAAACCAAGGCUUAAGUAGUCCUCGGGGCCUGACCCUACUACCUGAGGGACAACUAGCUGUGUCAGACAGCAUGCAUCACUGCAUUAAGAUAUACCAGUACAAAACACCUCAGGACUAGGAAGAAUUAACACAAUGUUAAAGAACUAAACAGCUGGGAAACAGUAUGCAUGUUCCUUUUACUGCUCUGUCUGAUGCUACGUUCACACCAAACGCAUUUUGAGCUGCAGGAGCAGUCAGUUUACAUGCAAAGUCUAUGGCCGUCGCGCCUCUAGGGGUUGUGCGUUGCAUCACAUACGUUUUGGGCGGCGCGCAAGGAAGGCGGAAGGGGCGGCAGAGCGUUUUCCGCACAUGCGGUGCUGCGGAAGCCGCCGCCAGAGUUAAAAAUCUGAAAUUUUCGCUGCUCGACGCCUCUUGAUACCAAUCAGAGAGACUCAUUUUUCCACGUGACAGUUUCCUGAAUGUUGUCCACUAAACAGAAACAGAUGUACAGGAGAUCUUUAGCUGAAAUCGACUGUCUGCAGUUGGAUUUUCUGGCAGGAUAUAUUAGUACCGAUGUGGGUCAGCUGGUCGGGAGAAAAAAAAUAGGUCCGUCAGCUCGCAGCUUCUGGAAUGGUGAAACUAACCGAACAAAUCACCUCUAAAUCAUCUGGUGAAUUAAUUAUCUGCUGUGUGCAACGUUUGCUUGCUCUUUAGUAAAUAAAUCAAAGCCAUUUUCUUUGUUUUUAUCUUUAUUUCACCCGCCAAGGACAGACUGGAAAAAACCAAGAYGCUCCUUCCUCUUCAGACACACGUCUGGUCUGUAUCCCGGUCUAGACAUAGUGCGUCCAACUUGAGGCGUUUUGCGCUUUUUGGCUGCUCAAAACGCGUUCGGUGUGAACGUAGCAUGACAGCUGUAUUUGGUACACUGGGUAUCACUGUUGGUGGCUACAGCUGCAGAAAAGAUUUCUGAACAAAAUGCUACUUUUCUUUUGGAAUAACAUUCAAUUGCUACUUAAGACAAAACAUUUGGGCCAAAAUUUGCUGGGAGUUUGCAUAAGCAUUGUGCAAACGUUAUGUUUAUUAAUUCCUCGCUGUUUAGUCACAAAGUGUCUUUAUUAAUUUUUCAGUGUGUUCACAAUUUAUUCUUAUUUUAUUCUUAUUUUAUUCACAGCUUCCAAAGUGCACAGAAUGUCAGAAUCUCUUUUUUUAUAUCACCAAUAAGUCAUAAUUGAAUUUCAUAGGUUGCCAACCACUUCCAAAGUUGUCUCACAUUUCUCAUUCUUCUCACUUUACUCCCACGACACUGUCAGCGAUUGGUCUUGUGAAUUGAAUUGAAUUUAACUGAAUUGAAUUGAAUUGAAUUGAAUUGAAUUGAAAAGCUCAACACACAUAAUUCACGCAAAGAAACUAAGAAUCCUCACAAACGUGUCAAGACAUUUGGGAAGCUCCCUCACUAAUGUCAUUCACAAUUUGUCACCAACGCAUGYAGCCAGUGAGAAAUCUUUCUUUUUUUGUUGAAAAUUAUAAUUCAUUAAAAACRUGAAAAAUGAAAAAGCUGAAGCAAGUUUUAAAAAUGUAGCUGUUUUUAUUAUUUUGCUGGUUUUGAGUUGUUGAAACAGAACUGGUGUCAGUCAGCUGAAUUGGGUUUAUAAAUCAGAUCAAUAUCAGUUUAUGUAUAAAUACAGUUUAUAUAAACGUGUUUUUGUCUCUGUGGAUAUACAGUUUAAAAUCAGUAGAUCUAAAACAAAAAUGAAUACAAAUAUAUAGUUUAUCAUUUUAACUUGGUAUUAAGUGAGAAAAUUAAUUAUUGAAAAAU